GCAUUAUGUAUCCCUAUUAUGCGCCUGUUGACAGUCUGACAUUCACGUGCACCCUUUUGCCACAACUGCACACCAUGGUACACCCUACCCUUUGUGUACAGCCCCCCCCAGUCUGGCCUCGGUCCGCCGGUGGUGCAGCAGUUUCAGCUAGGCACAAGACGCAUGGCGCCGACAGGUGGAGCCACCCUAACCUCGACCCUGCGCUACAAUGACGCUGCCCCCAACACCGCCGCAGUGGUCCUCCCAUCUUCCAGCGCUGGGCCACGCGCGCUACGUGCCGUCCAUGAGAAGGCGUCGAAGAAGAAGUACGUCUCUAGGGCUGAGCUGGACCGUAUGAAGACCGCGCUGCUGGCCACUGUCACGGCCUUCAUCGACGGGCAGCGGGCGAUGUACGCAGCUGGUCGGGUGGCGAAUGGGAAUGGCCCGGCGUCCACUGGACAGGGAAGCCAGGAGGAGCCGAGUCCAGCCACGUUGGCUCGCCGUGAGGUUCUCCUGGCGGCGGAGGACUUCAAGAGGUGUGGGGUCUGAUCUGGCACGUCGAUAAGCCGCGGAUGUGGCCGUUCUCGACCCUGAUCUUUGCUGUGGGGUUUCGCAGGGGAUUCAAGCGGCGCCACGUCCAAAUGAGCUGCUAUAAGACCCGCCAGAUCGCCUGGGGGCUGUACGCGUUGGAGGCCACACUGCACAACUACAAAACCGCCGAGGGAAAGCUGAGCCAAGACAGUGAAGACAAUCGCCGGGGGUACGAGGCCAUGGUGUUGCACUGCCGCAGGUGGGUGGAGCACGCCGUGGACAACCUUGGUGUGCCGUACGACGACGAGGCCGAGGUUUUCGAGUUCGGCAAUGGGAGGCAUGGGCAGCAGCGGCGGCAGAGGCAUGGGCAGCAGCGGCGGCAGAGGCAUGGGCAGCAGCUGCGAGGCAUGGGCAGCAGCAGCGGCAGAGGCAUGGGCAGCAGCAACGACAGGCAUGGGCAGCAGCAGCAGCAGAGGCAUCAGCAGCAUGAGAGUAAUGGGCAGCAUGAUAGUCAUGGGCAGCAGUAGCAUGGGGAGCAGAAGGGGCUAUGGCAAGGGAUAAAGGGAGGAUGAAUGGAGGCACGGAAUGGCCCAGGGAUGGAAGCACAUGCAUGAGGAUUGGACAAGUGCUGGAGUGAGGAGCAUACUAAGGGAUGAUGGGUGGAAGCAGAUGGUAGUGGCAGAUGCAUGGGAAAAGGGGCGCAGCAGAGGCAUGGGUAGAGGGGAGCCUGAAAAAUCAUGGGAAGAGGAGCAGGGAAAACAAGGGAGGACGGGAGCAGGAGGGGCAGAAGGAUGUAGCAAAUGUGAGGGAUGGAUAAUGUGGCAUGUGUAGAGACGCCAGGAGGCAGCUAGGGCGGCAGGAGGUGCUAGGGCAGCAUGAGGCAGCUAGGGCAGCAUGAGGCAGUUGGGGCAGCAUGAGACAGCUAGGGCAGCAUGAGGCAGCUAGGUCAGCUUGAGACAGCUAGCAAGGGGAGGGAAGGGGGGGAAGCAGCAAGAGGAAGGAGAAGCAGCUAGAUUAGAAGUAUAUAGGGGCAGGAAAAAUCAGCAAGGGGAUCUAAUAUGUGACACCAGGCAAUAUUAGCGGUGGUAGUAGCAGGAUCGGUGAAGGUGGCUGUAUAGGUGUUUUAGGUGUGAUUAUGUAGGAUUGUAACCAGGUUUUUUUAGUGCAUUUAUUAAC